GUGCGCGCAGGGUGGCCGCGUCUUCCGCCACCCCGGCUACGCAGUGCCUCCCCAUCUAGAGAGCGGCAGGAUCUCGAGCGAGUGGGAGGGCAAGGGCCUCCGCAUCGAGGGCGUCGAGCCGGGCGGGGCGGCGGCGGCGUGGAACCGGCUGUGCGACGCGCCCCGGGCGAUCUGCGUGGGCGACGUGCUCGUCGGCGUCAACGGCGCCGUGCUCGACGCGCUCGGCAUGCUGCAGGAGUGCCAGCGCAGCCAGCUCCUGAAGCUCGUGAUCGCCCGCGGCCGGGACGGGCCCUUGCCCACCGUGUCCUCUGGGGCUCCCAGGCAGAAGGCCACCGGGGAGCUCGAUGCCGAGGCGCCCGAGUUCACCCCCAUGGCGGGGCCGCCGCGCAGGGCGCUGGGCGAGGUGCAGUGCGGCGCGCAGGCGGGGCCUGGCAUUCCGAACGCCAGGCCGCGCAGGGUGCUGGGCGAGAUGCAGUGCAAUUCGCAGCUGAGCCCUGGCGGUGCGAAGGCCAAGCCGCCCCUUCCCAGGUUGGAGGAGAACACCUUGGCCGAGAGGGAGAACGAGGAGAAUGCCCUGGCGUGAGGUUCCUCCGGCGCCGGAGCGGGCGGGUCGCGGUUGCUAGGGGGGCGCCAGAGUCACGACGGGGCUCUGGCGCGGAGACAACCCGCCAGGGUAAGUCGGGGG